UGUCACUUCCGGUUCCGGGGAGGGGAAACGCGUCUGCUUGUUUAUCCUCGUUUUUUUUUUUUUAAACGAGCUAAAGAAUUUAGAGUUUUCAGACCUGGAGAGGUUCCUAUGAGGAGUUAUUUGAACUCGACAUGUACUGCUACCACCAGAGUUUAGUGUUUUAAAUAGGGGAUUUUAAAAGGACAGACUAGAGUUUGGAUGUUCUGAACGUCGUUGUCGUGGAAACGCUAUUUCUUCGAAGGCUGCAGGUCCAUUGGGUUUGUGUUAGCAGGGUUUAAGCCAUGUCGGACGGACGGAUUUACGUGGGAAACCUUCCCAUGGACGUCCAGGAGAGAGACAUUGAGGAUCUCUUCUGCAAAUAUGGAAAAAUUCGGGAUAUUGAGCUGAAGAACAACCGAGGGACCAUCCCGUUUGCCUUUGUGCGCUUUGAGGAUCCACGGGAUGCGGAGGAUGCUGUCUUUAGAAGGAAUGGAUAUGGAUUUGGAAACAGUAAGCUGCGUGUGGAAUACCCUCGAUCUUCUGGAUCCAAAUUCAGUGGACCUUCAGGAGGCGGAGGAGGAGGAGGACCCAGGGGGAGGUUUGGACCCCCGUCACGUAGAUCUGAGUAUCGUGUUAUUGUGACAGGUUUGCCCCCCAGUGGCAGCUGGCAGGACCUGAAAGAUCACAUGCGUGAGGCGGGCGACGUGUGUUUCGCUGAUGUGCAGCGUGAUGGCGAGGGCGUCGUUGAAUUCCUCAAACGCGAGGACAUGGAGUAUGCGCUACGCCGCCUGGACAGCACAGAGUUUAGAUCACACCAGGGUGAGACUUCAUACAUCAGAGUAAUGGGGGAUCGGAGCACCAGCUGGGGCCGCUCGCGUUCUCGGUCCAGGUCUCGUGGGCGCUACUCACCUCCCUUUCAGAGCAGAGGCUCACCCCCACCCAGUUACCGAUCUCCCCCGCGCCGCAUGAGACGGCAUAGCCCCCCGUCUCGUCGAGCCUCGCUCCAGCAUCAUAGCCCGCCGCCACGUCACUACCGGUGAACAGCAGAGCCACCACAGCUUCUUUCCUCGUCUAUCAUGCCCCUUUCUGUUUAUGAUUUCUUUUAUUUACAUUCCAUUGUUAUUAGAUCCCAAACAGCCACCUUCAACGUUCAGUUUUACCAAGAAAUACGAGUUUGUAAAAAUGAGUCGUGAGUGAUGCAUAUAUGCUUGCAGAACAGAUGUGAUGAGUUCACAAAUGGAAAAGCUUGUGUAAGUUUGUAAACCGCAACUUUAUGGGAUCUUUGUUGUAAUCAGGAAUUUUUUAGACAUCACGGUUUUAUGAUUUUAAUAGGCAGACACUUUUAAAUGUAUCUUUCUGGAUCAUGUGAUGACUGUAUGCUGAAUUUAUUUUAUUUUCAAUUAAAGCAUUGUGUCAAAUUUACUCCCCUAAAGUUACGUCAAGACUCAUUUUUACACAUCAGUGUGUUUGAGAAACAUUGCCGUGUUCCUCGGAACAUCGGCUGUUAUAACUUGGAAAACCUGGAAGUAUUAGCGAGUAUUGACGCUGACUAGUGCCCACAAGUCGCUAGUUUGAAUCCAGGGCGUGCUGAGUGACUCCAGCCAGGUCUCCUAAGCAACCAAAUUGUCCUACUCGCCCCGCUCCGAACGGGACUUUAACCAACGUCUCCGGCGUGGGAGGCGGGUGCUCUAACAAGGAGGCUAAAGGCUACAGCCUCUAGCGCACCUCUUGAGGUCAGGAGAGUGAGGUUUAUACACAUUGCACAGCUAUCUACCAGCUGGCUCCCAUUACACUCACCCCCCUAAUCCUCACUCCCAUCCGGGUCACGGCACCAUUGUAACCGGUCCUACUCGCCCCACUCUGAACGGGACUCGAACCAACGUCUCUGGCGUGGGAGGUGGGUGCUUUAACAAGGAGGCUAAAGGUUUAUACACUGCACAGCUAUCUACCAGCUGGCUCCUGUUACACUAGGGAGGGUAGAGUCACAUGGGGUAACCUCCUCUUGGUCGCUAUAAUGUGGUUCUCGCUCUCAAUGGGGCGUGUGGCGAGUCACAUGAUAAGAUGCGCGGAUUGACAGUCUCAGACGCGGAGGCAACUGAGACUCGUCCUCCACCACCCGGACUGAGGUGAGUAAUCGCACCACCACGAGGACCUACUAAAAUUGGGAGAAAUGGGGAUUCCAAAUAAACUGAUUUUCAGGCCUGGAAAAGUCAUGGAAAUUAAUAAAAUGUAUAUAAUUUAAGCAAGUGAUAUUCUUUACAUUUACUCUCUGAUACAUAGACUGUAAAAAAGAUGGACGACGCCCCUUCGCUCUUUUCCAUUGGUGAGAACUGAAGCCGCCAGUGUCCCGAUAUGGCGCUGACAUCUUGGGACUUGAGUCUCCGCAGUUGCGAUUUCAGGACCAGACCUGCGCAGUAGUGAGCAGGAAGUAAAGGCGCGAAAUCAAGGCCCCGCCCUCACUCUCGCUGAAUCAAUCGCAAGCACACGCCCCUGCACUUUUGACUUAUGACGGUGUGAAAUAAUUAAUUAUAGAAAUUAAGAUAUUAAAUUUCAAGCUCCAAUCUCCUCAGUCCUCCGAAGAUCCCGAAAAAAAGUCUGUUGGUGCUUCAGUGACUACUUCGCUCAGAGAUCCUGUCAAUCACAGCUGUCAAUCAUGAUGUCACAGCAGCGUUUUUAUAGCAUCAAAUAACUAAAAACAAACUUAUUUUGAAAACAAACACUUGAAAUGACAUCAACGUGAUAGAAACGACAGUAAAUGACAGAAACUAUCUUUGGAAAAAAGAUAUGUGAAGUGUAAUUUAAUUGUUUAGUUGGUCUCACGUCCCGUUGAAUAACAUGGGGAGGCGGGGCUUA